AUGCUCACGGUGGUUGGAGGACACCUGAUGUACCAAUUUGGGCAGCAGCUCCUCUCCCUGUGUUGCUGGGUUGCCCGGCGUGAGAUUUCCACGUAUGUUAUUUGGAUGCUAUGUGGGGCGGGUAGCAGGGGGGCGGGCAGCAGGGGCUUUGAAUUGAGGGAGAUGAACGGCCAGCAGGGCCAGGGAAGCACCAAAGAUGGUGAUCGCGAAAAAUUCAUGUUCUCAUCAUUUCGCCGUAUGAUACCCAUCAUCAAGAUGGACUGUUUUAACCGUUUUUUAAUCUCAUUUUUGGCCUCCCUUGCUCUAGCUGCUCCAAUUCCUGUUCGCUCCCGAGACAACGAAGAGCCAGCCCUAUCCGAACUUGUCCGGCUCGCCUUUGGGAAGCGCCGUCCUUUCAUGAAGGCCAAUGCGCCGUGA